GGCGCGGGGCUGGUUGUAACGAGGGGGCGUGGCCUGACCGGGGCUCCGCCCCCUCCCCACAGCACCCCCGCCCUUCCCCCCCCCGCCCGCCCCGCCCCUCCCCCAAGCCCCCCCAGAAGGUCAAGGCCGCCAUCGCCACCAUCCCGGUGGGGGGAGGGGAGGGGCUGCUGCCCCGCCCCCCGCCCGACCCGCCCCGCCCCCCCUCCGCCGGACCCCGCCCCUCCCCCCCUCCUCCUCCUCCUCCCCUCCCCCCCCCCGCUCCCCCCUCCCCCUCCGCCGGCGACUGGGACGCCGCCGCCCCUCCCCCGCCUCCCGCCGACCCCCCCUGCCCCUCCCCCAGCGCCGAGGCCUGGAGCCAGCGGGACCCCGUGGGGGAGGGGCCGCCCAGCCCCGCCCCCCCCGACCCGGCCGAGCGCUGGGCCCCGCCCCCCGAGGCCCCGCCCCCCGCCGGCCCCUCCUCCGCCCCCUCCCCCCCCGCCGCCCCUCCCCCUCCCGCCCCUCCCCCCGCCGAGGGAGGGGCCAAGAAGGCGAAGCUGCGCCCCCCCCCCCUGAAAAAAACCUUCGACUCCGUGGACAGGGUCUUGUCCGAGGUGGAUUUCGAGGAGCGUUUCGCUGAACUCCCCGAGUUCCGGCCCGAGGAGGUUCUCCCCUCCCCCACCCUGCAGGCUCUGGCCACCUCCCCCAGAACCAUCCUGGGCAGUUACCGCAAGAAACGCAAAAACUCCACGGACCUGGACCCCCCUGGCGAUGACCCCUCCUCCCCCAAGCGGAAGCUGCGGCGUCGCUCGAGCUGCGGCUCCGACCCCACGACCCCGAAAAGCGCCAAAUGCGAGGGGGACAUCUUCACCUUCGAGAGAGCAGGGGGGGAGGGCGAGGACGUCCUGGGGGAACUCGAGUACGACAAGGUCCCGUUCUCGUCCCUGCGCCGCACCCUGGACCAGCGCCGAGCUCUGGUCAUGCAGCUCUUCCAGGAGCACGGCUUCUUCCCCUCGGCCCAGGCCACCGCCGCUUUCCAGUCGCGAUUCGCCGACAUUUUCCCGACCAAGCUUUGCCUGCAGCUCAAGAUCCGCGAGGUCCGACAGAAGAUCAUGCAGGCGGCCACGCCCACCGACCCCGCCCCGCCCACCGACCCCGAAGGUCCCGCCCCUUCCGCAGAGCCCACGCCCCCCGCGGCGGCACCGCCCAAUCAGGCCCCGCCUCCCUCCUCCUCUUCCUCCUCUGACCCCGCCCCUUCCGCUGAGCCCCCGCCCCCCUCGCCUCCCGCGGGCGGGGCGCGCUGAGCCGAGGCCACGCCCCCUCCUUUUUUUUGCUCCUCCCCUCGUUUUUUUGUCCUCGAGGGGCGGGGUCAGGUGGGGGUCACGUGACCGGGAUCUUUUAAUGGUAAAGAAAUAUUUGGAGCUCC